GCGGGGGCGGGGUGGCUGUGCCCCGCGGGAACCAGGCCGGCCCGUGAGCCCGCCAGUGCCAGCUCGUCUCUCCGCCUCGUGUUCCCACGGGCUCUUGGGUGAUAGCGGGCAGUUUCGCGGGCAGGCGCAGGGCUGUUCCUCGAGGGACCAGAGGCCACUCGAGGGGCGCCCGGGUGCUCGGCUCCCGGAGAAAGGAAGCAAAGAAACUGCCCGAGUGACUACUACAGGAGGUGUCCUCAGUCAAGGAGGCGCAUAGCGCCCGAAAGCCCUUUUCCCGGGUCUCGUCCAUUUUGAACCAUCUCUAACCUUCUGAGGCAGUGGCGCAGCGCCUGCUCUCCGUGGAUUUGGCCCAGGAUCCUUUUUCCGAACCCGCCCCAGCGAAUUUUGCGCAUCGGGCGGGGAGCAGAGCCCCGGCUGCGCGCGCAGGGCAGGACUCAGGCGCGCCUCCCUCCGUUGUGCAGCUGCGGCGGGCGCUUGGGGAAUCCUGUUCUCGGAGCUCCAGGAGCAUUGAGAGAGACCACCUCAAGGCAAGGGCUUUCAGGAAGCUGCUGCGGAGUCAGGGGCUUGGAGGUGCGAGGCAUGUAUUUUCAGCUGCGCCUCAGAAAGGGGGAAUUCUCUGUCACCACCCAAGAGGCAACAGCCCGUAAAUGUGACUAGAAUUGACUAGCUCAGCAGAGGCCUGGGAGUCUCUGAACUGACAGCUUAGAAUAUGCUAAAAAGCCAGUGCUUUCCAUGGGGCAUUGAAGGGCCAUCUGGUCCCGGUAACAGUGACCUGGAGCAAAGGAGUCAGAAGACAGUUGUAGAGAGCAAGAGGGACCUUCCGAGGGGCUGUCUUGGAUGGCCCAGGGCAGGCUCCUGCCACCCAGUUGUUGUGGCCUUGUAAUGGCAUGCUGGUGAGGUCCUCCACCCAGGGGAGCAAGUGGGGCUGAGCCAGGGACCGCCUGGCCAGCCAGGACUCCUGCAGCUCUGAUCGACCCCUAAUCCCCGCCUAGGAACUUGAGAGGUGUCAGAACCCCCUCUGGGCUCUCCCUCAGGAAGAUGAGGACUCUGAACACCUCCACCAUGGAUGGCACCGGGCUGGUGGUGGAGAGGGACUUCUCCUUCCGCAUCCUCACUGCCUGUUUCCUGUCGCUGCUCAUCCUGUCCACACUCCUGGGGAAUACGCUGGUCUGUGCCGCCGUCAUCAGGUUCCGACACCUGCGUUCCAAGGUGACCAACUUCUUCGUCAUCUCCUUAGCCGUAUCGGAUCUCUUGGUGGCUGUCUUGGUCAUGCCCUGGAAAGCGGUGGCUGAGAUCGCUGGCUUCUGGCCCUUUGGGUCCUUCUGUAACAUCUGGGUGGCCUUUGACAUCAUGUGCUCUACCGCGUCCAUCCUCAACCUCUGUGUGAUCAGCGUGGACAGGUACUGGGCCAUCUCUAGCCCCUUCCGGUAUGAGAGGAAGAUGACCCCCAAGGCAGCCUUCAUUCUGAUCAGCGUGGCAUGGACUCUGUCCGUUCUCAUCUCCUUUAUCCCAGUGCAGCUCAGCUGGCACAAGGCAAAACCCACGAGCCCCUCCGAUGGGAAUGUCACUUCCCUGGGCAAGACCACCCACAACUGUGACUCCAGCUUGAGCAGGACCUAUGCCAUUUCAUCCUCCCUAAUCAGCUUUUACAUCCCCGUGGCCAUCAUGAUUGUCACCUACACCAGGAUCUACAGGAUUGCCCAGAAACAAAUACGGCGCAUCUCGGCCUUGGAGAGGGCAGCGGUCCACGCCAAGAAUUGCCAGACCACUGCAGGUAAUGGCAACCCUGCGGAGUGUUCUCAACCAGAAAGCUCCUUUAAGAUGUCCUUCAAAAGAGAGACUAAAGUCCUGAAGACGCUGUCCGUGAUCAUGGGGGUGUUUGUGUGCUGCUGGCUCCCCUUCUUCAUCUUGAACUGCAUGGUGCCCUUCUGUGGGUCUGGGGAGACCAAGCCCUUCUGCAUUGAUUCCAUCACCUUUGACGUGUUUGUGUGGUUUGGGUGGGCUAAUUCCUCCUUGAACCCCAUCAUCUAUGCCUUUAAUGCUGAUUUUCGGAAGGCAUUUUCCACCCUCUUAGGAUGCUACCGACUCUGCCCGACGUCAGCUAAUGCCAUAGAGACGGUGAGCAUCAAUAACAAUGGGGCCGUGGUGUUUUCCAGCCAUCACGAGCCUCGAGGUUCCAUCUCCAAGGACUGCAAUCUGGUGUAUCUGAUCCCCCAUGCUGUGGGCUCCUCUGAGGACCUGAAGAAGGAAGAGGCAGGUGGCAUAGGCAAGCCCUUGGAGAAGCUGUCCCCAGCCCUGUCUGUCAUUUUGGAUUAUGACACUGAUGUCUCUCUAGAGAAGAUCCAGCCCAUCACACAAAAUGGACAGCACCCGACCUGAACUCCAAAGUGAAUCUUAACAGACCCACUCAUCCCAAAAGCUAGAGGAGAUUUCUCUGGGGCUUGUUGUGAAGAAACUGAGGCGUGAUGAGAGAGACCCUGAGCUGUCAGGCGAGCCCUCCUCUGCUGCUUUCCCUCCAACCCACCACUAACCACAUUUUAAAAUACGUUCCAAUGUGUUUUCUGUGUUGUUCAUAGUGAAUCAAAGAGGGACACAUGUGAGGCGAUCAUUCAUAAGGGACAUGUCUUUGGCUCCAAAAUUAUUUUUAGAAACUGAUUCUUAUCUUAGGACUUUAAAAAAUAGGGCACAGAAGCAAGAAAUGAAGAGCUUCAUUUAAAAAUUAAAUUUUUUUCCGGGAAGGAAAUGAGAAGGGUUGAGUUUGCUGUGUACAAACAGGUGCUAACACUGGUCCAAGCAAAGUUUUCAGAUUGUAAAGGUAGGUGCAUGCCUUCAUAAAUUAUUCCUAAAAAAGAAUUGAGCCUUACAAUAGGAAUGGGAUUUUUUUUCCCAGUGUUGAUGCUUUGUUGGUAUUGGUUUUAUUUAUUUAUUGUAUUAUAUGGAUAUUUAAAAUUUAUUAUAAUAAAUCUAUAUUUAUCAUAUUUAAUAGGAUAAAUGAAUGAGUUUUCUGAGAUCUUACAAUAGCAUUUUUUGUCCAUUGAACUAGCACUUUAUCAGCCAGUGAAACAAAUACACAGACUCUCUGAGUUUCUAAAUGCUCAUAUAAAACUUCCAGAAAUACAGCAAAGACUAAUAGAAACUGAAGUUGUGAGGAUUCCUUAAAAUUCAUUGGCAAGAAUAAAUUUGAGGUGAGAAUUCACAAACGCUCAGAUUGUUUUUUUUUUUUUCCUCCUGAAAAGAUUUAGAAAGAUUUUUUAAAAAGCGUAGCUCCUCCUGUGUUCAGAUUUUUUUAAGUGACGAAGACUUUUGCCUGAGAAUGAGUUACAGUUCUGUAAAUAUCUGAAAUAAAAAACAGCUUAAGCGUCCAGCUUGAAAUUUACGACCUUUGGUGGUAAUAAAAGUAUUUGCCACUUUGUAUUUAUGUAAAAUAACUGGCCCUCUCUGUCUUUUUUCAUUUCCUGUGUCAGAUAGCUUUUCUGAACCAAAUAAAUGGCUGUCCUGGUUAGAUUUGUGGGAAGACAGUGAGUUUCCUUAACUCAUGUGUCACAACAGGUUCACCAGUGGACCAAGGUCAGAUCUUACAUCACCAUCUUACCAGGUCAAACCAAGCUUUUCAGUGGGGCUACUUUUCGUAGUGCUUUAAUCUGAACUGAGAAUUUUUUUUUUUUAAGUCUAAAUGUAUUCUAACAGAUAGUGCCUCAUUAUCUUCCUCAAGUAAGACACUUCUGUUGGUGGAAAAAAACAGGCGACCCUUUCCUUUCUCUUUGGGUAUAUUAAGCAUCCCAAAGCCAUCAGCAUCUCUUUUGACAAAUGCUAGCUAGCCCUUUCUCUGUGCUUUGGAAUCAAGUUCCUGUGUCAUCAUCUGGGCUGUAAAAAGUAUCAUAAAUCUCCAUUGCCAGCUGGUAAUUCAUGUGGGGCAUUUCAAGAGAAUUUUUUUGGAAAUGUUUACAAAGUAUUCUUGUGGGUGAGCAAUUGACUUAACAUUUACUUGAAAUGGGUAAGGAGAAGGAUACCUACUGCAAAGGAUCUCCUGCAUCAGGUCUGUGUUAUUUAUGCAUUGUGAAUGUUUUCUUCAUUUUAU